UGUUAACAGGAGAAAAAAAUGGACAUCGACUUUUUCAGGGAUAAAAAUAUGGUUUUUGAGAAGUCUAAAGUGAAAACUCAGAUUUUUUUUUCUUCGUUCAAUUUCAUGUAAAGGACUUCAAAAAUGAUGUUUCAACAAUUUUACUCGUUUCAAUCACUAGUUCCUUCCAAUGAUAUAAUUGGAGUUGGUGUGCUUCUUUCCUUUUGAGUAUAUAUAUUACAUGUAGUUAACAGGUUAAAUCGCAUGAAGUGAACACUUUUCAUAAAAGUUGAAUGAAAGAUGGAAGAACACACAAAACGCACACGAAACAAGAUACUUAAGAUUUUAAACAGCUACCCGUUCACACUAUUGGUGGUCAUUUUAAUAGUGUUUGAAAGUUCUCUACAUGUGGCUGAAGUACUGAUAGAACAAGACAUAAGAGAAAAUAUUGUGGACGAAUGCACAGAAGUCAAGAAUUUUAUCCAAAAACUGGGUCAUCCACAACACGAUACAGUAGAUACUCCUUCAUUAAUGAAUAACGUUAUAAUUGCCACCAAUAACUUCCUCAAUGUGUAUGAUGUCACGAAAAGGGAUAACCAAUCAAAUUGUUCGCAUUAUUCACAUGCCUCUACUGAAGACGAGUUUGUUUUCACUAUGGAUUUUACACAAGACCAGAACAGUAUUGUAUGUGGAACUUCAAGUGAACUGGGGCAUUUUGACAUAAGCCAGGUCUUUUCAAUAGCAGACCAGUUUCUCCAAGAUUUAAGUCAUUCUUUCCGGAUAUUUGCCUUGGGUAUUAUUAUAUUUAUGUCAGUAGAGACUUCGCUUAGAAUGUUCUGUACUGGGUUUAUAUUCCUUAAAAGAAAAAUCGAGGUCUUUGAUGCGAUUAUUGUGUUCACAUCUUUGAUAUUUGACUGCUCGUUUUACUCGAGAAGCUUUCAGAAGUCUUCUAUUGUCGUAAUGCUUCUGUUACCAUGGAGAUUAAUCAGAAUUGUAAGCAGCUUAAUUGCGGCACUGAAUAGUAAACAUAGACGGCAGGUAAAAAGUCUGAGCAUAGGAAAGAAAAAGAUGGAAGAAAAAUACAUCAAAAUAGCCAAACAGUUCCAAGUUGUUAAGGGAAAUGAAGACAACCUUAUUAAGCUGUGUAAACUGAAAGGGGCUACCGGUAGAGAGAUAAAUUUAUGUGUUUAUAAAGGAACCUCUCACAUGACAGUCGAUCCUAACUGUACAAUUGCUUCGAUGAUGCUUCUUGGCGGUUCACUGAACAUGUCAUAUGGAGGAAAUAUGAUCGCCGACAAAGAUCCAAAUAAUAAUGAUAUUGACAAAGCAAAUAUUACGUCAAAAUCCAGUUUAUCUGUGUAUAUGCGACCUAGCAUUACAGACAACCAUCAAAGUCUACAAAUACCAAUGUCUGGGAAUAGAAGUCUACACAUACAAAAGUCUGACAAUACUAGUAUACUCAUACCAAAGUAUAACAAUACUAGUCUACAAAUACCAACGUCUAAGAAAACUAGAAAACAAAUACCAUUUAAGAAUACUGAAAAUAUCUCUGUUAUUCCAAAGUCGUCAACGCCAUUUCUGUUUCCCGCACCAAACUUUUUCUCUCCAUCUAAUUUUCUAACACCAUUUUAUUUGACGACACCGUUAAAUACGCCACAAACAGUCUUCUUCCCUGAUAAUUUUGACUCUAAUCUUGCUAGAGAAAAAUUGUUAAACGAAGGACCAUCAAGUCAGAAAGAGGCAAAGCAACAGAAGUUGGACGUACCAGACAUCCUGAUUACAGAGGACUAAUUUGUGCAUGGGAAACUUUAUAACGAUUAUACAUGUUAUAUAUGCAUCAUUUGUUUAAGAAUUGAAUAAAGAAAAUAUCAAAUUGAAAAAAUACUAUGUUAUUGUAUGUUUAAAUCUAAAUGAGUGUAUUUUUUGUAAUAUAGAUAUUAAUGGACAACAGUAUAAAUAUGUAUCACUAACAAUAGUUGGCUUAAAUAAAUGUAAAUUGGUCGUG